AUGGAGCUGAAGCCAUUACUCAGGAGGUUGGGCUCAGUAGUCCGUGCGCUCUUCACUUUCCUCUUUGCUCUUGUGGUGCUAGGGGUGAUGGUAUGGGCCUACGUCAAAGGUUUCCAACUGGCGACAACCACGUACGGCAUUGUCUCGUUUGGCUUUUAUGGACUGCUGCUGGGACUGCACGUGCUGGUCCAGAGCUUCUUCGCCUUUGCGGAACACCGGCGAAUGAAAGCCCGCGCACAACCCUGCUCCUUCACCAAGACCAUCGGCUUCACUAUCUCCGCCUACCAGGAGGACCCUGUCUACCUCAGGGAGUGCCUCAGCUCUGUCAAGGCCCUCAAGUAUCCGCCAGAGCUCAUGCGCAUCAUCAUGGUGAUAGACGGGAACACGGAAGAAGACCUCUACAUGCUAGAGAUGUUCAGAGAGGUGUUUGCUGACCAAGACCCUGGCUGUUAUGUGUGGCAGAACAACUACCAUACAUGGGACCCCAGCAAGCCGCUGAAGGAAGCGCCUGGAGCGACAGGUACAGCUGGUUUUGUGGUUGGAGAGGAUCCGCAAAGAGCAGAGGUGGAGCGUCUGAUCAGGAGCAAGAGAUGUGUGUGCAUCAUGCAGAAGUGGGGUGGCAAGAGGGAGGUGAUGUACACAGCCUUUAAAGCACUCGGCCCCUCAGUUGACUACAUACAGGUGUGUGACUCGGAUACAAAGCUAGACUCUCUAGCCACAGUAGAACUGUGUAAGGUACUGGAGAGUAAUCCCAAGUACGGCGCAGUGGGAGGAGAUGUGAUGAUCCUCAACAUGAAAGAGUCCUACAUCAGCUUCAUGAGCAGUCUAAGAUACUAUAUGGCCUUCAACAUCGAAAGGUCCUGCCAGUCCUUCUUUGACUGCGUGUCCUGCAUUAGCGGCCCUCUGGGUCUGUACAGGAACGACCUGCUUCAGCAGUUUCUGGAGUCUUGGUACAAUCAGAAGUUCCUUGGGACUCACUGCACGUUUGGUGACGACAGGCAUCUCACCAACCGUAUGCUGAGCAUGGGCUACGCCACAAAAUAUACAGCCCGGUCGAAGUGCUACACAGAAACGCCUGCCCAGUUCCUGCGCUGGCUUAACCAGCAGACCCGCUGGACAAAAUCCUACUUCCGUGAGUGGCUGUACAACGCAAUGUGGUGGCACAAGCACCACCUCUGGAUGACUUACGAGUCCAUUGUUUCUGGCGUGUUCCCCUUUUUCGUAACAGCCACGGUCAUCAUGCUAUUUUGGACAGGCACCUUGUGGGACAUCCUCUGGGUGCUGUGUUGCAUCCAGCUGAUUGGACUGGUGAAAGCACUGUAUGCGUGCAUCAUACGCAGAGACAUGAUCAUGGUGUUUAUGUCCCUCUAUUCCGUCCUGUACAUGACCAGCCUGCUGCCUGCCAAGUACUUUGCCAUUCUCACCAUGAACAAAAGCAGUUGGGGGACCUCAGGCAGGCGCAAGAUGGUGGGAAACUAUAUACCCCUACUUCCUCUGUCAGUGUGGGCGGCUAUUUUGUUAGGUGGCCUGUAUUAUACAAUUUACAAAGAGAGCAAAGAGAGAUGGUUCAUUCCAGCAAAGAUACUGGAAAUCAAGUUUCUUACCUUUGGCUGUGCAGCGUACACGUGCUACUGGCUCCUGAUGAUCUCGCUCUACUGGGUGUGGUUUCGCAGGGCAUGCAGGAGCCGUUCUAAAGUUUACCACGUGAACGUGUAG